ACUGAAAUCAUCUACAUCUCCUGGUCUGCAGACGCUCGUUAAGAUGGCUACGAGUGAAGGUAUGGAGGUAGCCGAAAGAAGUGGAGAAAACAGCAGCGGCGGUCAAAACGAUGGAUAUGAUAAUGCAUGCAUAUUUUGCAAGAUUUUGAAUAAAGAAGUUAAAUCUGAUCUGCUGUAUUCUGAUGAAGAACUUUCCUGUUUCAGAGACAUAAACCCCGGCGCGCCACAUCAUUAUCUGGUGGUUCCUACAAAACACGUCGGGAACUGUAAAUCCCUGCAGAAAGAUCAUAUUCCCCUAGUGGAGAAGAUGGUGGAGUUGGGGAAGACCAUGCUGCAGAACAAUAACAUAACAGAUCUUGAUGAUAUCAGGCUGGGCUUCCAUUGGCCUCCUUUCUGCUCUGUGACUCACCUGCACCUCCACGUACUGGCACCAGUCAGUCAGAUGGGGUUUACGUCACGCCUCAUAUACAGACCCAACUCCAUGUGGUUUAUUACAGUUGACCAGCUGAUCCAGAGGCUGAACCUCAUGAGCAGUGACCCGGUCCAGUGAAACACGUUCCACUCUGUCAGGCAGGGCAUGAGUACGUUAGUGCUCAUUCUGUCUCUGCAUGGGCCGCAUCUGGAAGAACACUGACUCUGAAUGUUUGGAAUGAGUUCAGAAUAUGCUGCUAAGCACCAGCACAUUUAUUACGUUAAAUCACAGCGUGAUGCGAGUGCAAUGUGAUAUGAAGUACUGACGCCUGUAACUCGUAAGCAGAUGAGUACGUAACUUGAUAUAAUCCAUCAGUAAAAUUUUGUUUUUUUCCUAUUUGCAAAUAUGCUUCAUAGAAGCAUGGAUACCCUUUUGAGACGAGGCCUAAGUCAUUUUCUCUAACUGGAAGGUUUUAUACCCCCAUGACCUUCAUGCAACUUAAGACUCUAAUUUCUCAAAUUGUUCCUGUCCAAUUGCAUAAAAGGUCAAAUGGCACAUUUCACCAUAGCCGACAUAAUUAUUUACCCAUAAUGCACCUGCCAGCAGUGGACAUACAGCAGACUGUCACCGUCCUCCAGUCUCUGUGGAUAAUUAACAUAUUGUUGCUUGAUUGAAUGUAUUGCUAGGAACAGAAAAGUUAACAGUAUAAAGAGUGACAUGAAGAACUAACCCUUAAAUGAUGUAUAAAGGCAGGAAAGGCUCUCAAAUUCAGGGCUUGGUUCAAAUAUGGUUGUAAAUUUAAUGUUCAAGUCUGUAUAUUGAAAAAUAUUAAUUAUUGUAAUAAAUGCUUUGUCUAAUGGCUUGGA